AACCUCUUAUGUCUCUAUUGGUAUGAUUUGUAGUGAUAUGUGUUCUUUUUGUGAGUUUGCUAGAUUUAUGUGGAGUUGUGGUCUAUGUGUCUGAAAUUAAAAGGAUGACUUAUGUUCCCGGAGAGUAUGAUGCAAGUACUGCAUGCAAUUAUCUAUAUUUCCGUCUCAUGGAUCAGAAAGGUAGGGAGCUGCCAUGUUUUGCGCUUGGUCAUUAUGCUGCUGAUUUUAUGAAUGUGUGGACAAGCCGAGGCUACCAGGCUUCAUUCCGUUAUCAACCUGUUUUCUGUGUGUUGCGUUUCUGGAAAGUCGAUGAGUUCAUGGGUGAACCUUCUAUCUCCACCAGAAUUGGUUGUUCUAAGAUAUAUCUUGAGCCCACAUUACCGGAGAUCAAGGACUUGAGGAUGAUGUCUGUUUUCAUAGCUAGGGUAACAUGGGCUAUUGAAGAAGGUGAGGAUUGUGAUGACGCCGGUGAAGUUGUUGAUCAGAAUUCUUAAUGUUCUUGGUGUAAAUCAAGAAUUGUAUCCCUAUUUCCGUAGUGUGCAUAAACAUGGAUACCCUCUUCUGUUGGUUUAAUUUCUUUUUGUAAAAAUCUCUUCUUCUUGUGUUAUGUUAUUAUGUCAUGUUGAGAUAUUUAUUUGGGUUUUGUAACAAUUAUCUUUUGUGUUCGAGUUUUGAAUAUGUCUUUAUCUUUAGAUUCGUUGAAGUUAUCUAAACUACUUUAUAGAUUUUCUAAUUAUUUUAUAUUGUAGAUUAGCUUGUGGUAGAGAUUAUGUCAGAUUUUUGAUGUAUGACUUGUGUUGUCAUAUCUUGCAUGGUUUGUAAUAAUUACACAGCCGAAAUAUGGAUAGUUGCUGUU